GGCUUUGCCUCGACCCUGAGGCAGGGGCAGCACUGGCCAACUCGUGGAAGUCUGGCCCUUGGUCGGAUGACCAAACGAAGGCCUUCUCUGAAGUGCUGGCGAAGGGGGUCGGUGCAACAAGUGGGAGCACCGGCAAGAAAGGUCGCCGAGACAAUCAGAUGGCGACCUCCUUCGAGAGCUACCUGUCCGAAAACGACGUGCAGGUGCUGGGCAGUGAUGCCAGUAUCGGCAUCAAGCUGGAUUGUGUGGCGACCAGAUGCUGUCGACUGAGGUUGACACUGCCUUCAGAACAAUGUGUCAAGAGCAUCCUUGCAGCCGUCGCUGCCCGAUCUGGUGGCACAUGCACAGAAGCCGAGCUGUUCCUGCAGGUGGCCGAGUUCAAACGAGCGGCCUACGACGAGAACGAUGGGCCGGUUACCACUUUGUUGCCGGCGGGGCAGGUGGCACUCAAAGCCAUGGACAUUUCGCUCAGGCCAACGAACAAAAAGGUUAGAGGUAUAUUUGGAACUCCGAACAAGGCGACCUCUGCCAUGGUGCCUGCUGCAAAUGGUAUGGGGGGCAUGAUGGGUGGCAUGAACCCGGGCAUGAUGGGUGGCAUGGCUGGCAUGAUGGGCAUGUGUGGCAUGCCUGCUGCUUCGUCGAUGUUCGGCCUCAUGCAGUGGAUGAAACAGCAGCAGGAG